ACUGCAUUUAGGAUUGCGGUUGCUACUAAAUCGGUCGUUAAUUAAGGUUGUUUUAUAUGAGACCUAUUUAACCUUGUAAGCUUGGCCAUCACGCAUUCAGUAGGUAUCACCGAGCAAUCCAGAGACUGGUUUGUGCAUUCGCGUCAAUUUCAAUUAACUUUGCAGGCCAAACUUUUACGAUGCUAUGGUUAAUAUUAUUAAUCACGCUAGCAGUGCUAAUAUGGUUUCGAUUCUUAAAACCCAUGAACCAUUUCACCAAAAUGGGAGUCAAGCAAACGAAACCUUGGCCCAUUUUUGGAGAUCAAUGGAGAACGGUGUUUCGGCAAAUGAGCUUCCUUGAUAGUAUUGAAUACUACUACAAUAUGUUUCCAGGUACUCGAUAUUCUGGUUUUUAUCAGUUUAGUAUACCCACUCUAAUUAUUAAGGAUCCCGAGCUAAUUAAGCAGAUAACUGUCAAAGAUUUCGACCACUUCAGUGAUCAUCGUUCAUUCGUAGAUGCUGACGUGGAUCCAUUAUGGGCUGGAAACUUAUUUGCUUUGACAGGUCAAAAAUGGAAAGAGAUGAGAGCUACUCUGAGUGGUUCAUUUACGAGCAGCAAAAUGAAAAAUAUGUUCCAUCUCAUGAACGGUGCUGCUGAAAAUUUUGUUAAUUUUUUUUUAAGCAAAAAUGAAGAACUUAUUGAGGUAGAAAUGAAGAAUACGUUUACCAGAUUUACAAACGAUAUAAUUGCCACAACAGCUUUCGGCAUCGAAGUAGAUUCGCUCAAAUAUCCAAACAACGAUUUCUAUUUAAUGGGAAAGCGGACAACAGAUUUUUCUUCUCUGUCCAGACGCUUGCGAUUUUUCGCAUUCCUGAUGGUGCCUAAACUGACCAAGUUUUUGAGAAUUGGUCUAUUUGACAAAGAAAUAUCAUCUUUUUUCUAUAAAACUAUUAAAGAGACCAUUCAAGUUCGAGAAGAAACAGGAAUCGUUAGACAGGACAUGUUACAUUUAUUAUUAGAAGCAAGAAAAGGAAUUCAACAUGAACAUUCUGAUGCUAUUGAAACAGGUUUUGCUACUGUCAAAGAAUAUACACAGUCUGGUAAAGGGCGACAGUUAAUUAAUUUAACAGAUACUGAUAUAGCUUCCCAAGCAAUGAUUUUCUUUUUUGCUGGGUUUGAUACUAUUUCAACUGCUAUGUGUUUUGGUUCAUAUGAACUGGCAGUUGACAAAGAAAUACAAAAUAAACUAAGAAGUGAAAUAGUUGAAGCACACAGGUUAAAUGGUGGCAAAGUAACCUAUGACUCUUUGCUGAAAAUGAACUAUAUGGAUAAGGUGAUAUCCGAGAUUUUGCGAAAGUGGCCUCCUGCAGGGGCAGUUGAUAGAGUUGUUACUAAACCGUACACUAUUGAACCAGUGAAUGCCGAUGAAACACCAAUCAAUUUAAAAAUUGGAGAUGUCAUUUGGAUUCCAAUUUUUGCAUUUCAUAGAGAUCCGGAAAAUUUUGAAAACCCUACAAAACUCGACCCCGAAAGGUUUUCAGAUGAGAACAAGAGCAGUAUCAAACCGUACACAUAUCUGCCUUUCGGCGCUGGUCCUAGAAACUGUAUUGGAUCAAGAUUUGCGCUUUUAGAAAUUAAGGCUUUAUUCUAUCAUUUGCUGCUGAACUUUGAAAUAGAACCAACUAAAACAACUACAGUUCCUUUAAAAAUAUGUACCAAAUCAUUCAAUCCUUCAGCAGAGGGUGGUUUUUGGUUUGGACUGAAACGACUUAGAAGCAAUUAAGUUGAUUGAAGAAAACAAAUCAAUACUGUUGGUUUUGAUGGGUGCUAUUUGUGUAUGAAAAUAUGUUUUGGAAGCUUGUAAAAUAAUUUUAUUUAGAUUAUAUUCAAUAACUUUUUAUUAUUUGCCAGUUCAACUACCGAUGGUGGCUCUGGGAAACGUCAAAUUACUCGUUGUCGAGUGACAGUUAAGACUUCUCUAUUUCUAGGAGUUGAUGACAUUUAUAACAUAACAUCCUUUUCGAUCUGUUUCUAUUUAUUUAAAAGCUUGCAAAAGUUGAUGAGAACAAAACAAAUCACAAUCACAUGUAAACACCAAUGUGACACCAAUGUCAGUAAAACAUGUGUCAAAUUACUACUUUACUUUUUGUUAUAGUUUCAUCCGCCAGGGAGCGUCUAAACUUUUGAACUCGAGAAUAACAACUUUAUGUUAAACAAAAAAGUGUCAAACAGUGUUUGAUUUGUUUUAGAAUGUUUCGAGCGUUUCGGGUACUACGAUAUUGCUACAAGAAUUAUGUGUUUUUACUAUGCCUUCCCCAAAAAAUAUGCUCCAGAGGUCCUAUACUUUUUUGUUUGUUUCCUAAAGAUGUUUCAUUUGGUAACAACAGAUUUUAAACCCGAUAA